CGAGAGGAACGGAAAAAAAUCACGAGACUUACGCAGCCUCCUCGACCCGCCGCCGCCGGCUCAUCGACGCCGGCGUCCCUCCUCCGGCAAACUAGCCGUUAGAAGCAUGGAGCCCGAAGAGAACCCCAACCGUCCGCCAUCACGACUGGACUGCAUAAAGUACUUCAAUGCACUAUGGUCCUGCUACUCACCAUUCCACCAGAUGCAGAACUAUUACCGCUACGGGGUUUUUGACAACUGCUCCAGCAAGUGGCGCGAUCUCGUCGACUGUCUCACGCUCAAGACGAAGUCGAAGGCAGAGGUAGAGGAGAUGCUCAUGGCGCGGGAGAAGGCCAGGCCGCACUUCUGGACCUACCGGACUGUCGACGAGGCAUCAGCGAACUGGUGGAAGAUGUACAAGCACAGGGUGAUGAUGUCGUCGCCGCCAAAGACUGCAGGUUCUCCUGCGCCUCCUCCCAAAUCUGCUGCACCGAAGAAGCGUUGAUUGUGCUUUUGGUGCGCUGUGCUUAUUACCACCGGUCUUUGUUCAAACUUGAGUUACCCUGACAGGGUAAAUAAUUGGAACCUUGGAUGGAAGGAUACCCUAAUCAUGUUCUGUAAAGCAUGGCAGGCAACUGAACGGUGGUUCUUAUGCUAUUUUUUGCACCAGCUAUGAUGUUAGCUUUGUGCCUAGUUGCUUAUUAUCAGGCAUAAAUGUUUUGGUUUGUGCUGUGGUGUGUUCUCAUUAAUUUUUAAAUGCAGACUAGUUAAUUUCAGUUCAAA